CUGACGUGUCUCUCUGAGUCUCUCUGGCUCACUUCACUAGCUGCUGCUGAGUCGGAACCAACAUGUCGGUGAACCUGAGCAAGAAUGGUGCAGCGCUGAAGUCAGCGUAUGAGGAGGUGGUGAGCCCCAAGUCUGACACCAACUGGGCACUCUUCACCUAUGAGGGGAACAGCAACGACUUGAGGCUGGCGGAGACUGGAGGAGGAGGACUGGAGCAGCUGGUGGAGGAACUUAACAGUGGGAAGAUCAUGUACGCCUUCUGCCGAGUCCAGGAUCCCAACUCUGGUCUGCCCAAGUUUGUCCUCAUCAACUGGACAGGUGAAGGUGUAAAAGACUCACGAAAAGGAGUUUGUGCGAAUCAUCUGGGCUCCAUCAGGAACUUCCUGAAGGGCGCCCAUGUCACCAUCAACGCUCGCGACGAGGACGACGUGGAGCCGGAGAUGAUCCUUGCUAAAGUAGCGAAGGCGUCAGGAGCAAACUUUAACUUCCACCAACAAACGCAGGAACGACGGGAGGCGCCCAGAGGCUCUGUGGGUUCUGUGUACCGAAAGGUCAACGCGGUGGAGGAGAUCCAGCAGACCAACAAGGACGACUUCUGGACCCAGAACCAGAGAGACGAGGAGGAACGACGACGGGAGGAAAACCGACGAGCGGAAGAGGAGAGGAGGACACGAGAGAGGGAGUGGAGGGAGAUGGAGGACCAGAAAGCAAGGGAGAGAAGAGAGAUGGAGGUUAGGAGAGACAGGGAGGAGAGAGAGAGGAGAGACAGGGAAGAAAGAGAGACAAGAGAAAGGGAGGAGCGAGAGAGAGGAGAGAGGAAAUGGAAGGAGGAGAGUGAGAGGAGAGAGAGGGAGGAGAGAGAGAGGAGAGAGAGGGAAGAGAGACAGAGGAGAGAGAGGGAUGAGAGAGAGAGGAGAGAGAGGGAGGAGAGAGACAGAGCAGAGAAGCUGAGAGACGUGCAGAAGAUAAGAGAAGAAGAAGAGCGAGGGGAGAACCAGCAGCAGCAGCAGAGCGAAGUGGAAAACAGGAAGUCUGGAAUCUCCACAGCUGCUUCUGUGCAGAAAGCUAACGAGGCCCGGUCACUGAUCUCCCAGCGGAGCUUCAACCCCAGAGAGAUGUUCCUGCAGCGUGAGAAGAGUGUGGAGGAGAGCAUCGGGAGACACGCUGCGCCCUCCAGAGGGAAGCUGCAGAGUCCGUUCCUGUCACAGAAGUCCACUGCUCCUGCGUUGGCCCCUGCUGGGACGUCCCCUGACAUCUACUCCUCCCCUAUCUCAACCGCAAUCCACCAGACUCACUUGGAGCCGACGGAAGAACCCGCCCCAGCAGCAGAUGCGGAGGACGAGUGGUCAGACGAGUUUGACGACGACUUGUACGAGAGCGGUGGCGCUGAGUGGAGCGAAGGAGGUGGUACAUAUCCUGCUGCAGGUUCAAAUGCCUCCGACGACGGGCAGGACAAGUGGCAAGAUGAUGAGCAGGACGAGAACGUGUACGAGGACUUCUACCAGACACCAUCCAGGGAAAAUACGACGACAGCUGCCGACCAAGGACCCAGUGCUCGAGCUCUGUACGACUAUCAGGCUGCUGAUGAGUCUGAAAUCACCUUUGACCCCGAUGACAUCAUCACAGGGAUCGACAUGGUGGAUGAGGGCUGGUGGCGAGGCUUCGGGCCUGACGGCCGAUACGGGAUGUUUCCCGCCAACUACGUGGAGCUUCUGUGAAUGAAGCGGAUCAGGGUUGUUUUAAUGCACUAUGUUGAUGUUGUGGGAAUAAACAA